AUGGUCUUCUAUUGCACAGCAGAGCGCCACGUGCUCGACCUGCCCUCCAUGCGUCGCUUCCUGGGGGCAGAUGACUCCUACCGCAACAACCGCCUGUCCCUGCUGCCAUCUGUGCCUGAGGGCUCGUGGCUGGUGAAGCAGGCAGUGGGGUCGCACAAUGUGGUGAUGGGGCAGGUGAUGGAGACGGCUUACCACUCCACAGAGGAGUACUUUGAGGUUGAUGUGAACAUGGCAUCGUCGUCAGUUGUACGAGGGAUCAUGGGCAUGGUGUUUGGAUACAUCACGAACCUGGUGGUUGACAUGGCAUUCUAUCUCAAGGGAGAGACGGAGGACGAGCUACCGGAGCAUAUUCUAGGAGCAGUGAGAUGCUCGUACUUAGAACUCAACUCUGCCAUCCCGUUCCCUUUUAGAUAA